AUGCAGGCGUGGGGCCCGGAUAUCCAUCGAUUCUUUGUGAAAAUGUGCACAACCACACUGGCUAAGGAAACUUCAUCUACAGACGCCACUCUGGAGGCUUACUUUGCAAGCAUUCAUUCGUGGUUACCGGUCAUCCAGGAGCAGGUGUUUCGAAGGCGACUUUCACAGCUGCAACAUGCUCCUCGGGCAGAAACUGCACUUCUCUUCCUGACAGUGUCCCUCACAAUGACAGGAGGAAUGGGAAGUAGCGACGAUUGCCAGAGCCAGCUCUACUAUCUCUGUCGAUACCUAUUCUCUUUUCUCCAGUCUGUUCUCCCACCGUCUUUGGAAUUGGUGCAGGUCGGGCUCGUGCUCGUGUUGUAUGAACUAGGAUCUGCCCGUUUUCAAGCAGCAUCUCUGAAUAUUGGAACUUGUGCAAGGCUAGGGUACGUCCUGAAGUUAAACAUUGAUCUGCAAGAAAGCCAGGACUACCCAUCAUGGGCUGAGGGUGAAGAGCGGAGGCGGGUCUGGUUGGGAACAUAUAUGCUGGACAGACUUAUUCACCAGGUUGCGACGGAUUUCCAAGCGCCACAUGUGGUGGAUAAGCCCGCUAGCCACUUCCGACUCCCGGUAGAUGAUCGGGAAUGGGAACGCGUCCCAAAAGGGCCUUUUCAGAGGUUCUUUCAGCCGUCUUUUUCCACACCGCUGGACAUCUCAGUCUCCUACUUUGCCCGCGAGAUUCAAGGCGUCCACCUUCUCGGCCAGGUGCAGGCACUGCAGAACUUAGAAGACUCCGACUGCUUCAUACGUAAGUUUGGGGUUCUCGAUAGUACUUUGAUUAGAUUCAUGGAAAAGCUAUUUGAGCAAACACCCGGUCGUUGGGAGACCCUGUGCGGCGCCAACGCAAUUGCCUUGAUGUCUGCUCUCAGCCUUCAUCGGAGUCGAAUGGGGUUUGGAAAUAGUGACCAGGAGGUCAUGUCAUAUCGUUCAGAAGCGUUCCACACGCAAACAUUGUCUAUUCUCGCGCUAUCCUCUAUCAUCAACAUGGUAUGGGAUAUCUGUUCAAAAUUCAAUGCGAUCCCACUGGGUGAUAAAAUCAGCUGGGUGCCGUUGCCGGCAGUCAUAUGUGCAGGAGAAACUGCUCUCACAGCGGUUUGGUUGAAUCGGCUUGAGACGGGACGACCCAGCGUGGAUUAUGAACCUCUCCGACAAACACUUUCGUAUGCCACAAGAACCUGGGAUCUUGCAGAGAAAUAUCUCGAACGAAUUGGGUGA